AUGCGUGUUGUCAAUUCUCUUCUCCUGCUAGCUGCGGCUUCAUUUACUGUCGCUGUGCAAAGUCCUCACGAGAAAGCUUCCAAAUACGUUAAGAGGUCAACAGCUCCUUUGCACACGAAAGAUGCUCCUCGAGCUCGGUCAUAUUCGCAGUACUUGACCAAUUCCACUUCCAAGUUCUCAGUGAACGGUAGUGCUCUACCAGAAGUCGAUUUUAACAUUGGCGAGUCGUAUGCCGGAACAUUACCAAUUAGCGAAAAUGAGUCGGACAUAAAUCGUUUGUGGUUCUGGUUCUUCCCUUCAACGAACCCACUUGCUUCGAAAGAGAUCACAAUUUGGCUCAAUGGCGGACCAGGUUGCAGUUCUUUAGAUGGAUUGUUUCAAGAGAAUGGACCUUUCUUGUGGCAGUCAGGAACAUAUGCACCAGUCGUCAAUCCAUACUCUUGGGUGAACUUGACAAACAUGAUCUAUAUCGAUCAGCCUGUUAGCACUGGCUUUUCUCCUGGAAAUAUCACAGUCAAUGACGAGCAUGAUGUUGCAACUCAGUUCAUGGGCUUUUGGAAAAACUUCAUUGAGACUUUUGCCAUGCAAGGUUACAAAGUAUACGUCACCGGAGAAUCGUAUGCUGGUCAAUAUAUCCCAUACAUUGCUUCAGCAAUGUUAGACGCGGAAGAUGAGAUAUAUUACAAUGUCAAAGGUGUGAACAUUAUGGAUCCAUCGAUCAACGAUGACAGCAUUUUGAUGUAUACACCUGCACUUCCUGCUCUCAAGAAGUACCAAUCGGUAAUUGGUAUUAAUGAUACCUACAUGGCCGUUCUCGAAGAAACAGCCUUGACCUGCGGCUACACAGACUACUACGCUGAAUACUUCAACAUUUUCCCUCCGAAGGGCCCAUUACCUCCAGGACCUGACUACAGACGUAAGGGUUGUGACAUCUAUGACGAUAUUUACAAUGCAGUUUAUUAUGUCAACCCAUGUUUCAACAUCUACCAUCUCACAGACUUUUGUCCAUUUUUGUGGGACGAGCUUGGAUUCCCAUCUUUAGGAACGGGCCCAAACAACUACUUCAACCGCACUGAUGUCCAAAAAGUGAUCAACGCACCCCCAACCGACUACUUCAUUUGCGGCGGCGGGCCAAACCUCUUCCCACACCACGACAAAUCCGUUCCCUCAGCUCUUGGGCCUCUUCCAUCCGUGAUCGAGCGCACAAACAACACCAUAAUCUCCCACGGUGACCUCGAUUUCCUCCUCUUCACGGAAGGCACUCUAACCACGAUCCAAAACAUGACAUGGAACGGUCUCCAAGGCUUCCAGUCCGCCCCACCAGCCACCGACAACCUAUUCGUUCCGUAUCACCAAUCUCUCGGCGAAAUUCAGGAAUAUGUCAACGGCGCAAUUCCACAUUCUCCCGCUUUCACGGAUACAGCUGGGUCGGGCUUACAAGGCAAAUGGCACACAGAGAGAGGUCUUACUUUUGUAAGGGUGACUUUGGCUGGGCAUGAGAUUCCGCAGUAUACGCCCGGAGUGGCGUACAGACAGUUGGAGUUUCUGUUGGGGAGGAUUGAUAAUUUGAGUCAGAUGGGCGAUUUUACGACGGGGCCGCAGGGGAAUUAUACGGGGUCUACGGCGCCUUUGAGGAGGGGUGUGUGA